GCUAGACCUAGAUGAACCUAAAACUACCAGGAUGAAUAUUCAGUUGGCGGUUAGGUAUAUCGUGCAGCCUAAGGGUGUUGUUGAGGACUUACUUAUCAAAGUAGGGUCUCUCGUUUACCUGGUCGAUUUUGUCAUUCUGGACAUUGAUGACAACUUCGAUGUCCCCCUAAUCCUGGGUAGACCUUUCUUAGCUACCACCAAGUCCUUGAUUGAUGUGCAUGGCGGAAAGUUAGUGCUUAGGGCAGGGGAGGAAGAGGUUACCUUCUCCAUUAACGAUAGCAUGAAGUAUUCUCACCAUCAUGAUGAUUUUGAUUAUUGUGAUGAAGUUUUUGGUUUCAUGGAUGCACUCGCAUCCGCGGGUGCCUACCCUUCUGAUCCUUCUGAAGAGUGUUUUUAGUAGGGACGAACAUUGCCGAAUAUCCGGAGGAAGAAGACCAACUUCUAUAGGAUCCAGCGGUGGAAACCCUGCCCGCAAUGCCCAAAAUCCCUACCUCCUUGGAGAAACCACCCGAGUUAGAGUUGAAGCCUCUGCCUCCCCAUCUUGAGUAUGCCUUCCUAAUGGAUGAUGGCAAACUCCUAGUCAUCAUCAACUCCAAUCUUACACCAGAGAAGAAUACUGAGUUGAUUGAGGUCUUGCGUCGUCACGAGAAGGCAAUCGCAUGGAAGAUCACAAAUAUCCCAGGUAUCAUACCAACCUUUUGCUCGCACAAGAUCCUCUUGGAGGAAGGUUCCAAUCCGGUGCGUCAACCACAAAGGCGUGUGAAUCCCAACCUAGAGGAGGUAGUGAAGGCAGAAGUCAUCAAGCUCUUGGAUGUCGACAUCAUCUAACCCAUCUCGGACAGUCAGUGGGUGAGCCCAACACAGUUGGUACCCAAGAAGGGAGGGAUGACGGUGGUAGCCAAUGAAAAGGAAGAGCUUAUACCAACAAGAACGGUGACCGGGUGGCGGGUGUGCAUUGACUACCAGUGAUUGAAUGAUGCCACUCGCAAAGAUCAUUUCCCUUUACCCUUCAUCAAUCAGAUUUUGGAGAGGCUCGCUGGGCAUGAUUAUUACUAUUUCCUGGAUGGGAUGUCGGGUUACUUCCAGAUCCCGAUCGCCCCAGAAGAUCAAGCCAAGACUACGUUCACCUGCCCUUUUGGGACAUUUGCUUAUAGGCUCAUUCCGUUUGGAUUAUGCAACGCCCCAACCAUGUUCCAGAGAUGCAUGGUGGCCAUCUUCGAUAAAAUCGUGGGGGAGAU